UUUUACUAGUUUAAUAAAUAAAAAAACGAAAAACUUAGAAUAAAAAAAUUAGAAUUCGUCUGUUAAAUAAUUAGUAUUUUAUAUAAAAUUUAAAAUUUCGAUCAAGAUUUUUUUUUUUUGAAAAAGUAUGAAAAAUUUUCAGGAUGCUUAUUUUAAAUUUUUCCGAAAUUAUAAAAUAGGGCAAAAGAAGAAAUAUUAUAAAAUUUAAAAAAAACAAGAAAAAAUAAUUAGUUUUAAGGUUAAAAUAAUUAAUUAAUUGAUCAAAUUUUAGAGAAUAGUCAAAAAGAAGUUUCCGAAUAAGAAUAAUAAUAAAAAGAGUAAAUUUAAAAAUACUAGAAUUAACUCCUCAACGAAUUUAAAGGAAAUUAUGAAACAUUCAUAAAACAUAAAAAUAAUAGAAUCACAUAUAAUUAAACUAUUCAAUUACUGCAUCUGAAUUCUUCUAAAUUUUUAGCUUG